AUGUGCUUUCAACAUGUCAAUAGUGUCACCAACCUAGAACUUCAACACAACAGCAUUCAGCGCCUCCAAGAAAAGACUUUCUGGGGUCUAAGAAAUCUGAAAUAUUUGAACCUGCAGAACAACGUCAUUGACUAUAUCCACGUGUAUGCCUUCCAAAAUCCUGUCAUCUGUGACUGUAAGCUGUGGGGGUUCCGAGGAUGGAUUGCAGAAGGAUCCACGUCGAAAGCCUGGGAUAUCAACUGUGUUAAAACGAGCAGUUGGCUUGUUCAGAUUGCCACAGAUUUCCGAUGUCAGAAACCGGCAGGAGUCAAGGUAGUCCCCGGGAACCAGACCGUGAGAGCGGGCGAUGGUGUGUCCUUCACCUGCCAGACGGACUGCAUGGCGGGACUCAACUUUACCUGGGUUCAGCCAAACAGGACCACUUCGUCGGUUGAAACCUGGACACUAGAAGACUUGUUCGGCGAAGACAGGCGGGGAUUCCUCUCAAACUACAACAGAAGCUGCGUUUCGGUUUUGCGGCUCACGCGAGUUUCAGUACUGGAUUCAGGCAGCUAUACUUGCGAAGUUACAGCACCACACAUGCCCACUGGAACAGACACCGCCUUUUUGACCGUGACUUCUAACGCAGGGCAAAAAGACAACAUAAUAACAACCUCGGCUCGCCCAAGUAGCGACGGUUUGGAGGAAGUUGACUACGUUUAUCUGUUGUCAUCUCAUGACAAAAAUGACCUCGUCAUCCAACCCGUCACCCUGCACAUCAAUGUCACAAUCGUCUGCAGCCAUGUCGUAACAGUCGUCGCUAUUACCUCUGUGCUAUAUCUUUGCUUGCGAAAGCGCAACAAGUGGCUGAAAAACUUUGUUCAAGUGUCUGACGUUAGCGGCGUUCAAUCAGCCAUCCUACUAUCCGGAGUCCAGACAUCGGCUCCAGUUUUGAAGAAAGGCUGGAAUUCUCUCCAGGUUUAUGAGAAUGACAACGAAUUCAGUGAUGUAAACGCUGCAAAUGGCUACGAGACGAUCCCAGACUAUUACAAUGCACAAGCAGAGGUGGAUUUUGUUAGAAACCGCACUGGAAGCAGAUCUAGAGCAACGGAAGACGACAUUGAAAACCACCAGUAUGAAACCAUUCCGGACUACGUCAAUGCCCAGGUUGUAGGGGAUAUCAGGGACGCACGCUACGAACCUGCGAUAAAUGUACACUGCACUGGACAAAACCAAAACGAAUGUUACAAUCUUCAAACUAUUGUGACAGAAGAAUCGGUGUCCUACAUAGGCUCCCAGAAAAACUAA